CACGGCAGGAACCGACUCGUUUUGCUCGACUCCUUGAGUCACCUCGUUCUAGCUCAAUAUUAUUACUGUUAUUAUUAAUAAUCGUUCUGUUCAUUUAGCUCACUUCAUCGGCAUACUUUCGUCCCGACUCGUGGAAAGUUUACAUUCUGUAACGUAAAUAUAAAUACAAUACAAACAAAACGCAGAAUAUUUCACCGGAUCACGUUAUCGUUUAUGGGGUUACAUCUUUUCUUUUUUUUUCGAACUAAACCGAGUUAGCUACAUUUCUAGCGUUAGCACUUCCUGAAAGAAUAAAAAUAAACAAACCGACUCUGUUUGCGGUUUAGUAAAUCACAGUUUAUAAGCAUGAAUCGUUUAAGGUUACUGUUAUUAGCUGAAACUCGUAUAUAUGCACGGUUUGCCUUUAGCUAGCAUUAGUUUAUUUUUGCAAUUGACAAAAUUGUUUGCUAGCAAACAGCUAGCGCGCUAACUGUUGUGCAUUAGCUGUUAUUGCUAGCUUGUGCGCUCCGAUUGGAUGACAAAACAGUAAAAAUAGAUUUUAUAGAUUGAUGUUUUUGGUUUGAAACGCUAUUUGUUUAAAGGAUUUGGACCGCUUUUGUGGAUCACUGAGACACACCGGCCCUCACACAGCACUGAUGUAGUGGUUGUCUCGCCCCCUACCUCACACACAUUCUGCAAAGAAGACAAAUAGACCAACUUCCCACCUUUUGUUUUUUUUUUUUUUACCUCCCUUUAUUUCCCUGAUCAGUGACUGUUGAAGAAUUUUUCCUCUGGUUAAAAGUUGAAUUGUGAAGUUUUUCUGGGUUUUUGACUGAUGGGACGUGAGGAUGUCGGAGGAAGGGGAAGCCCGCUCAGCGAACUCGCAGUUCGCUGUCUCUGUUCUCGACCAACUGAAAUUGUUCUAUGAGGAAAAGUUACUAACUGACAUUACGUUGCUGGUGGAGGACCAUGAGUUCCACUGCCAUAAAAUCAUUCUGGCUACAUGCAGCUCUUACUUCAGGGCAAUGUUUAUGAGUGGACUGAGUGAAAGCAAACAGUCGCAUGUCCACUUGAGGAAUGUGGAUCCCAUAACACUGCAAACCAUCAUCGCAUAUGCUUACACAGGAAACCUGGAAAUUACACCCAGUACAGUGGAGUUACUGUAUGAAACAGCUUGUUUUUUACAGGUGGAUGGUGUGGUGUGUGCUUGCCGAGAUUUUCUCCUGCGCUCACUCUCUGUGGAGAACUGUGUACGUAUUCUAAGUUUGGCUGAUGCUUUUGGCUGUGCAGAGCUGAAGCGCAGUGCCCAACGUGUGGUGGAAUUGAACUUUCGCCAUGUGUGUCGAGACGAAGCCUUCUUGCAACUCCCUCACACUCUGCUGUUGGAACUUCUGGGCAGUGAUGCACUGGAUGUAGAACGCGAAGAGACCGUGCGACAGGCAGCCGCGCUGUGGCUUGAGCAUGAUGCUGCACACCGAGAGCGUCAUCUGUCGGCUGUUCUUAGCCUUGUGCGUGUUGAUGCCUUGGCUGAGAUCACGCAGCGUGCCUGGUUCCGUGGCUUACCCCAAAAUCACAAGUCAAUCGUCAUACAGGGGCUAUACAAAUCAAUGCCCAAGUUCUUCAAGCCACGAUUGGGCAUGACAAAGGAGGAAAUGCUCAUUUUUGUGGACACCGAUUCAUCAAGCGAUUACAACAAUCAUGAUUUGCAUCACCCUGCUAGUGAAUUUAACAAUCUGCAUUUGCGCCACUCACCUAGCAAUAAUAAUGAUGAUGAUUUACCUUUACAUCACUUGCCUAGCAGUAACGAUGAUUCACAACGCUCGAUUACAUGCUACAGCCCCCAAGCUGAGAAAGUUUACAAGCUAACCAGCCCUCCGGAUGACUUGCGCAGAUUUGGAAUCCUCGUCACACCCGAUAAUGACGUGUUUAUUGCUGGAGGUGAACAGCCAGCCAAAAAUGGCAAAUGGAAGGCAGUCCAAAGUUUCUACUGGUUGGACGCACAGCAGAACGCAUGGGUGGCAAAAGCAGCCAUGCUAAGUGCACGUACACGCCCUACACUCGUCUUCUGUCACGGAUGUGUCUAUGCCAUUGGAGGAGGUGGCUAUGAUGACAUGGGUGGAAGCCAUGAUGUCACAAUGGAAUGUUACGAUCGCAGAAGAGACGAAUGGAGUGCGACAAGCCCAGUGCCGACUCAUAGCUCGUUGAGCCAAAACAAUAUGGCUGCUGUAGCUGCUAACGACCACAUUUAUAUCGUUAUCCAUGAUGCCAUGUUUUGCUACUCGCCUCGUAAUGACGUCUGGACAGAAAUAAUGGCACAGAGAAGAAGAAGCUGUUUAGGUUCCGCUUCCUUUUUCUCAGGCGCUGCCACUGCUGCUGUUCUUGGUGACCUCAUUUUCUAUGUUAGCGGAGGAGGAGACAGUACUAUGGAGAUUUAUGAUACGAGUAGGGAUGAAUGGCGCACAAUUGCUGCGGUGCCUAUUGCUGAUGGUGAUGGUGCAGCUGUAUCAGACGUGUGUGUGCGGGCUGUAGUUCUGCUCGAUACAUUAUGCGCAUUUGUGCGGGAGCGUCAUGGAGGAUAUGCACUCGUACGGUAUGAUUCAACACGAGAGCGGUGGCUCCGUCCACAGCCCAUUCCCCACCGUGCCCUAGGUCGCCUCGGCAAUCGCUUCCGCCUUGCCGUUGCCAAGCUCUAUCCGUCCUGCCUCACUGAGUUGCCGUGGAAACCACCAGCAUGCCCAUUCCCAACUGACGAUGAAGAAGAGUUUAACACGGAUGGAGAAACUCUAGAGUUGCCAGAUUUAUAAAGAAACAGUGGCCAUUUUUAAAUCUGGACAAAAAGAUGAUUGAUGUGCUCUAAAUGGUGGCCAUCUUCAAUCUGAACAGUGGCCAUUUUGAAACGUUUGGAUGUUUACCUUUUAGUAAAGGUUAUCUUCAUAUCGGAGCCUUUGUUUUUGAGGUGACUUUCUGAUUGAAAUGAAAACCUUUAAUGAUGUCCUAAGUAAUCAGCGUGCAUCUGUCUUAGUGAGCAUGUUGGAGGAGAAACACUCACUGGCUGAGACCCGGAAAAGCCAGCCAAGGUGUUUUAGCGAAUAGUGAUCAUCAUUUUAUUAAGUUCUGAGGUGUCCUGUAUUACAAGGAGCGAGUACUCACGGCAUCCAUCUUUUAAUCCAUCCCAUGAUGUUUAACUUAUUUGUGAGGUGAGGAGAAAACAUCUAAGAUGACCCACACAUGUAGCAUAAAACGUAACGUGUUUUGUUUAACAGGUUUGCUGAGGGAUAAAAACUAUGAGAAAGGGGGGAAAAAAAUCCGAGGUAGCAAACGGUCGGACUGUUACUGUGCAGCGAACUAUGUCCAUCUUGAAUCCACAAUGAGGCGAAAAGACUGCGAGGUUCUAAAGAUGGCACCUGACACCUAGACCUGAAACCUCUUUAAGAGGACUACGGUGUUAAGCAGAUGGAGAUCAAGCAGCCAUUUUGGAUUAAAACUAUUAACAUUACACAGGUAGAGGAAAUGUAUAAAUUUCAACGAUUUGGAGACUUUACUGUGGAACUGGCUGUCCUCUGCGAUGGCCCCUCCCCCCACCUGUGAUGUCACCACUGACUGUGUGUGUGAUGAGGCAAUCAAUGGUGUAGAGCCGAGCUCAUCAUCGCUCCACAUGCUGAUUUCUACUGUUCAUUAAUGCAUUAUUACUAUUUCUCUCAAUGGUUAUGUUGAUGCACUUGCUUUUGAAUCUUCCAUAAUAUGGCUGCCGUGUACAGGUGUGUGUGUGUGUGUGUGUGUGUGUGUGUGUGUGUGUGUGUGUGGCUCUUUUUCUUUUUAAAUGAGCAGAGUGUGACUGCAGGUUCGGUCAUGUAAAUUUUUUUUUUUUUUUUUUUAAGAUAAACCGGUCAGCUCUGAUCCUCAUGGUGUGUAUGCAUGUGUGUUUGAAUCUAAUGACCUGAGUGGACUUACAUACUUCGUCUCAUGCUAUCGUAUUUCCAUCAAAUGCUUAUUACCAAAACAUUUUAGUGUGAGGGGGAUUUUAAGAAGUUUACAUUGAAUCAACCAGUAACAAAGUUGUGACAUCACAACUAGCCUUUCUUUUCAUGUCUGUGGCUACAUGUUAAAAUAGCGUAAUUUGUACAAGUGAAUGGUUUAUCAGCAUUAGUGCACACAUUACCUAGAUGCCGCACUAAUGUUAGCCUGCUAUCAAACUUGCUUUGCUGAGUUUACGGCUUCUUCUCCAGCUUGGCCUCAGCAGGAAGACACAGUGACAUGUCAGGCUUUUCUGAUCAUAGUGUACUUGCUGUUUAGAGACGUUUUUUUUUUUUAAACAAUGGGUAAACGUGAUUGCGUGAUCUCACUGCAUGAAAGUACGUGGCCAUGUUUAGUGACCAAAAGUACCAGGUUCUCCAGCAACUGCCUGAAAACUGACCUCUGCCAUUCCCGCAAAGUCAUGUACCCUGGCCUCCUAGCCAUUCUCUAACAUACAAGCUAUCUCUAAGCUAACAUAUGAUGAAGUUACAGUCGGUGCCUAGCUGAUGAGCUGAAAAGCUAGCCGUGAUGUCACUUCAAUUUGAAUUGAAGCCUAGCCCCCUCUACACAUUAGGAGACUUGUCACUUGACCAAUUUGGGAUAUGCUGAGUGUUGGUAGAGUGUUAUAAAGUGUAACAACAUGACAUGUCUCCUGGCUUUGCUGAAGGACGUGUCCUAAACCAGUGAUAUAGCUGAGUAGUGCAUACACUACAGUAAGUUAAUUACAAAAGUUACAGUAGCGGUACUACUGAAUCUACUACAAUUCAAUCUAGUAUCCUGUUUUAGAUGAUGAGCAUUUUCUUACAGUUCCAUUGAUUAACUUUUGAGCAUUACACUUUAAGCAUUGCAUUGAUUAAUCAGGUCAUUUCACCCAGAGUAACCGGGGAAGAGCUUGGUGUCAGAUGUGGGUUUGUUAGCUGAUGCUUGUCCUCAGGCCUCAGGUACUCUAAACGCAUUUCUGUUAUCAAGUAGCUAGUUGGUUGGCCAACAUCCAUAACCAAUAGCAAAGUGUUUUUGUUUAUGUAACACAAGAUGAGAAGCUUUGUUGUGUCUUUUUAGUGGAGGCGUUUUAGCCACUUACACAUUUUCACAAGUGUUUUGACACACCAUUUAACCUUUGUUUACUUGAUACACCAAGUAAAGCAGGAUGCAAUUUGGGAUCCAACUCAAACCUGCCCAAUGGUAGAGCUGUCCCGGAUCAUGUCUUUAGUGAUAUGAAAUGCCACCACAAUGGAGAAGACUACUUGUGCAUCAGAUAUGAGCUAUACUCCAUAUGAAAGUAAUAGCUUUAGAUUAACCAUUGUAUAUUUCUUUGUAAAAUUUAUUACACUCACUACACACCAUGCUGUUUGAGAUAAAAUGUCCAUCACUCAUUUGAGUUCUAUUUCCGAGUUGCUAACAAAAAUGAACGUUGGGAUGUCGGUUUUCCCACUUCAUCAGCAACACAAUUCAGUCUGGAGAAUUACUGUUGAGGAUUUAAUGCAGCAUUGUAUUUUCUUUACUAACUAUAUCUGAUCAGUUCCAUGUCUCAGAAUUGAUCUUUGAACCUUUCUUUGCUAGGAGUUCAGUCUUAUUAUUAUUAUUAUUAUUAUUAUUAUUAUUAUUAUUAAUCAAGCAUUAAUUCUUCUUACUUGUUCAGCACUUCUGCAUGGCCAAGCCAAAAACUAAACAGAUCAUCAUAGUAACCAAAUGGCUAAUCUGUAGCUAGCUGGACGGCCGACUUCGGUAAUCAAAGAACAGUGGAGUUUCAUGGUUGGUUAGCUGCAAACUAGCUUUGCAAAUAGUCUUGUUUUUAGUGGUCAGUUGUUUUAAACAACAGUUUGGGACACAGCCCAUGUCUGAGUCUUCAGGGUAUUCAGAAAUUUAUUUUUCUUUCUUUCUUUUUUUUUUUAAUGCUAAACACCUAAUGAACAUGUUUACUGUAUUUUGUCACAUGAUUCAUUACAAUGCCAAUUUGGUGGUUUGGGGCACAGCCCGGUACAUGACAUCUGGUUUGGGACACUUCCCAAGUCUGAGUCGUCAGACCAAAACACUUUGCUUGCCAAGCACUCAGCUGUCUUCAACUUGACAUUAUAAAGUAUGAGGGCAUGUGGUUUGGGACACAGCCCAUGACUCCAUAACUGUAACAAGUCAUCUUUAGUGUAAUGUGACACCUUGUUUUGAGACGAAGCCCGUGAGGCCCUUUCCAGAAUGUUCUACAGUACAGCAAUUGAUGGAAACACACAUUUCUGUAAGAUAACUGUUACCAUAGUGUCUGUCUGUGAGUGUGUGUGUGUGUGUGUGUUCUGUUUUUGGGGGGUUUUGUUGUCAGAGCCUUUGCCACUAUAACAGAGGGAUUAUGGGUAAUGUGGGGUAUAACUGGUUACACUGAGUGAUGUAGAGUUCAGACAUACACUCAGCCUGUCCCUCAGCACUGUACUGCACACACACCUUUAAUUUAUUAUUAAACACCUCACAAACACCCCGCCUCUGUCUUUAUUCAUCCCUAUAACAUGGCUAGGUGCAAAAGUUUAUGUUCCUCUUCAAUUUCUAAAUGCAGUUUCUUGAUAAAACAGAAUUGUUUGUUAUUUUUUUGUGAUUGCAAACUAAAUGUUUUAUAAUGUUUUUUAAAUAAUGUCUUAAAUCACUAAAUAAAUAAGUGAUGCAGUGCUCACCAGACUCACAGGA